AUGGAUGUCUUCUACUCCUACACCUACGGCACCGCCGGCUGGCUCGCCCUCCAGGCCGCGCCGCUCAUCAUCUCUCCGAGCAUGAUUGUCGCGAUGAUGGCGCCCGAAGUCCGCGAUGCCACACCUCUCGAGGUGUACUUUUCCCGUUCCCUGGGAGUGGCACUCAUCACGCUAGGCGUCCUGUGCGUGCUGCUCACGGGCUCAGUGCCAUUGACGUCGCGACUCAGCUCUGGCGGUACUACCACCGACCCUCAAGACCCUAAGGCGCCCUACGCGCUGCCCACCCUGACCGUCACCACCGCCUACCACGCGGCCGUCUCCUUCUACUGCUACGUCAUGUGGACCGAGACCACUGUCAGCUCCUUCGGCUUCGGCACCGCCUUCAGCGGCGUCCUCUUCGCUGUCGGCAUGUGGUGCAUCCUGUUCGCCAGCAGUGACGGCCGCAUCAGCCGCAAGACCGGCGCGGACAAGAGGACCAGUGGUUUCCCCUUCAAGAACCGCGAGUCUGACAGGAGGAAGGGCAAGGCUCUCUAA